CGACCCGAGCGGCACCAGACUUCGGACGAAGCGCUACAGCAGCAAAGGAAGGAUAUCUCGGGCAUUCAUUUCGACCUUAUCUGUCGAUCGCCGUGACGACGCGUCACGCCUUGCACGAGUCGGCCGCCGCAGGUAGCCCACGGGAAACGCGAGAGCGGUCCAGCCCCGGCGCGCGUAAUAAAAGGCCGACCGACCGGUGGUCUCGGACGCCCCUCGCUUUCAGACCCAGCCGUCGCCGUCUCCCAAUUCCUCCGCAGGGCCCCCCUCCACUCCUCUGACCCUCUCCCCGUCUUCAGCCGCGUCCCGGCUGUCGGAGACCCGCCGACGUUCCCGUCGUCGCCGUCGCCGUCGCCAUGACUACCUCAAGACGUGUUGCUGAUAGGAAAAUUGCAGUAUUUGAGAAGAAUAUCACGAAGAGGGGUUCUGUUCCCGAGACAGUCAAGAAAGCAAAUGAUUAUCCUGUUGGACCUAUCGUGCUUGGAUUUUUUGUCUUUGUUGUUGUUGGGUCAUCUCUGUUCCAGAUCAUCAGGACAGCCUCAAACGCCGGUCUCUUCUGAGUAGAUUGGUGCUAUGCUUAUAGUGACCAUGAACAGGGCUGUCAUAUGCAGUUGGUUGUCGGUUUAAAAUUAGAACUGAAUGAGAUAGCUGGUACUCUUGUGAUGCUUGUUAUACCUCUUACCAUUGUACUUGGUGGAGUUUAAGUUAUAUGGAGGUCAUGCCAUUGGACUGCUAAUCUGUGUUUCUCGGGGCCUCAGGCCAUUGGAAUUAUUCCAUUUUAUAUCCGGUUAUAAUUUGCUUUGCAUAUUUGAUUUAAUUGCGUUCGGUUGGUCCUAGUCGUCUUUGCGACAAUCUACUGACUCAAAAUUUACAAUGGGCCAUAGGGCGCUGUCCUUUGGCACUCGUUCCCAUUUGGCGCAAAAUCAUCCAAGUGGAGGAUUGCAGAUUAAUACUGAGAUCAAGAACGUCGCGCAUGUGGGGAUCUGGUCAACUUCAGAAGAUCAAUCCCCAAAGCAGCGACCCAGGUUAUUUUUAGGUGAUGCAUCUUUUUAAAUCUUCCUUGCUUAUGUGGAGUACAAUUGUUUACGGCAUACAGUACAAUACUAUCUCUGACCCGGUCUGGUUUUACUGGUCACUGGACCUUCUCAGCCUACACUUGCUCCUGGUAAUUAGGGUUGUUAAGGUAGUUGUUACUACCCUUACUCCAGGGAGUAAUAAUCAACCACUUGGGAGAGUGGGAGGGGGUUUCUUGGGCGUGUGAUACUUGGUUUCCGGAGGAGUUUGUUAAAAGAAGUUUCGGUAUGAGUUUGUUGCAUGGCGGUUUAGAUUAGUGCAACUGCGUCAGUCAUGGAGGGGAGAUGAGAAAGGUCGGAACUCCACCUUCCCAGACAGAUCCUUGCCUUCGAGCUCGUGUCUUUGGCGCAAGGACGCCAGGAAUCCACCGUGCGUCCGUGCGUGAUGCCUAAAGGAGGAUUCGUGUGGAGGGGUUCAUUCUGCGGGAAUGAAGAGGAUUGGAGUCGAGGGAUUCUUCUCUCGCCGCUGAAAUGCUGAUCGGUUUAUCUUACUCAGAGUGCCUGACGGAAAGAUCGCCGGAGUUGGCCUGGUUCCCCGAAGAUGGCGAAGCACGGAAGGCGCCCUGUAAACAAGUAUGCAUUUGCCACCGCCGUGCUCUCGACUGCGACGCCCAUCUUCUUGGGCUACGACCUGGCCAUGGUGAGCAGCACGGCCGUGCUCGCGGACGCCGACCUGAGGCUCCUGGCGUGCGUCGUGGUGCUCUCCUCCCUCGUGGGCGCGCUCACCGCCAUGGUGGCGCAGUGCCUCAUCGGUGACCGCCGCACUGUCCUCCUGUCGGCCGUGGUGCUCUGCGUCGGCGCGCUCACCAGGGGGCUCGCCGCUGGCCCCGCGGCGUUCACGGUCGGUGUCUUCAUCAACGGCAUCGGCAUGGGCCAGGCGCUCAUGAUCGUCCCGGCGUACGUCGCCGAGCUCUGCCCCUCCUCGCUGCGCGGCGCCCUCACCUCCCACCCGGACGGCUUCGUGUACCUCGGCUGCAUCCUCGGUUCCCUCUGCUACUCCACGGGCUUCGUGAAGCUCCCGGCGCACCUCGCCUGGUGGCUGACCAUAGUCUCCGGAACGGCCGUUCCGGCCUCGCUCAGCUUCGCCGCCCUUCUCAUGCCGGAGUCGCCCCGGUGGCUCGUGGCCAGGGACCAGAUGACCAAGGCCCGGCGCGUGCUCUCCAGGACGUCCGCGACGCUGGAGGAGGCAGAGCUCCGUUGGCUUGAGAUAAAAGCCGAGCACGGCACAGCACCGCGCGAUGGCAUCGAAGAGACGGUGGCGACGUCGGUGAGACGUAACCGGUGGAAGGAGUGCGCGAUAUGGCGGGAGCUGCUGGCGAGGCCGACGGAGCCUCUCCCCCGCGCGGUCGUCAGCGCGCUGGUCGCCAAGGUCUUCGCGUCCGGCAUGGGGCGCAUGUCCCAGUACGUGCAGCGCGGCUUCCUCGACGUCGGCGUCUCGUCGGCCCGGCAGAUGCCGAGGGCGCUGCUGGCGUUCGGGAUCGCCGUGGUGAUGUCCUUCUCCGUGUCGCUGGUCCUGGUGGAGCUCGGCUUGCUGCUGGCGACGGCACUCGCAGGUAGCCGCGCGCCGUCCCACCUCCUGCCUCACCGCUGCGGCGGCCACGUCGGCAUGACCCGGCGGCAGGAGCAGCUGAAGCGGUCGAGGGGGCUGUCCGCGACCAUGCUGCUGUCGCUGAUAGCGCUGGUGUGGAUCGCGCCCGGGCCGGCGCAGUGGGCGGACGCGUCGUCGCCGUCAUCGUCCGGCAGCAGCCGGUGGCUGUGGGCGGCGGCGGCCAUGGUGAACAGGGAGUCGGUCUUGUGGAGCUUCGCGAGGGCGUACGGUGCCAGCUCCCUCCCCGUGCACGGGAGCUUGCUCGUUUGCCCCGCGGUCGGCGUGCUCGUGUGGUUCUUCUUUUGUGCGUGCCUUCUUGGCGCGAGGAGGAGGCGAGCCAGCUUCAUUCACGUACGGUCUUUCCCAAUAAGCACGUCCGCUGCUAGUCUAGCGAGCCUGGUCCACGGCUGAACGGGUGACGGCACCGGAGGCAAGUAGGAUGGGUUGCCGCCGGUCGUUGGCGGCACCAUGCUAGCGAUUCCAUUCUUGCAUUUCUCCUGUGCUAACGAGGACUGGAGUCUGGAGGGAGAGCAUGCAGUCGGUGUCUCGUGGAUGUCGCGGGGGGAUGGAAAAUGUUGGGAGCAAAGUUCCGAUCGGUCGUUAUCGCGUAAGCAUGAUAACGACGAUGGCAAUCUUCGUUGUUGGUGGGCAUUAAGAAACGGGAAAUUCUACUG